AUACCCUGAUAGCAUCGCUACGCUACCUCCUGUGUUAUGACUUUGAUUAUUUGGCUCUCCUGUUUUUCUUUACAAUUCACGGACUCAUGUACGAUACGGGAUAUGGAUGGAAUUUUUUUAUUUCUUCUCUUUCUUUUCGUCGGGUGUUACUUUCGGGAUUUCAAAUUGUGUUAUUACCAUUACUUUACCCUUUUCACGUUGCUGCCUGUUUUGUUUCUUAUCUUCCGGGGUUAGUUACAUCAUGUUUGUCCAUCCAUCUAUCCAUCCAUCUAUCCACAUACAUCAGUUUUUGAUGGGUGAACGGAUAGAUGGGAUAUGGAUUGGAAUCGGUAUUCACCAUACUUCGGGUUUUCCAUCUUCAUGUAUCAUAUGACUGACUAUCUAUGACCGACACACUGGUUGUGUAUGUACUUUAUUCUACUGUACUAUCUAUCAAUCUCUUCCUAUCAAC